ACCCAUUUGACUCCUAUGACCGCAUCUGGCAGUCUUACGGCGACGUCGCUGCGUGGACCAACAUAAUGACGACGGCCGACGUGGACGUCUCCAAGGCCAGCAGCUUCGACGCGCCGCCUGUGGUGCUGCGGAGUGCCGCCACUCCGGUGAACGGAACCCGGCUCGACUUCUCAUGGAGCCCGGACACCUCCCAGAACAACGACAGCAGCACCGCAGCCUACCUCCUGCUGCUCUACUUCGCUGAGCUACAGCAGCUGCCAGGCAACGCGCUGAGGCGGUUCGACAUCCUCGUCGACGCCGCCUCAUGGAACGGCAGCCGGAGUUACACCCCGAAGUACCUCUCCGCAGAGGUUGUGGAACAGGUGGUGGUGCAGGGGUCAGGCCAGCACACCGUCUCGCUUGUCGCCACGACGGAUGCCACACUCCCGCCCAUCCUGAACGCGUUCGAGAUAUACUCACUGCGGCAGAUGACUGAGCUUGCAACGAACAAUGGAGACGCCAAGGCCAUGAUGGGAAUUCGCAAGACGUACAUGCUGAAGAAAAACUGGAUGGGUGAUCCUUGUGCGCCGAAAGCAUUUGCCUGGAAUGGCCUGAACUGCAGUUAUUCUUCAUCUGGUCCUGCAUGGAUAACAGCUCUAGUAUUGUCAUCUAGUGUGUUGACCGGUGCAGUUGAUCCUUCUUUCGGUGAUCUAAAAUCUCUUCAAUACCUGGACUUGUCCAAUAACAGCCUGUCUGGUCCAAUACCUGAUUUUCUGGCACAAAUGCCAUCACUUAAAUUCCUUGAUUUGUCAAGCAACAAACUCAGUGGAUCAAUUCCUGCAGCUCUAGUACGAAAGCGUCAAAAUGGAUCCCUUGUAUUAAGGAUUGGUAAUAAUGCAAAUAUCUGUGACAAUGGUGCUUCUACAUGUGCUCCAAACGACAAGAAAAAUAACAGACAACUCAUCAUUGCGAUAGCCGUUCCAAUAGCUGUAGCUACUCUACUGUUUGUGGCAGCAAUUAUCAUCCUUCAUAGAAGGAGAAUUAAACAAGAUACAUGGAUGGCAAAUAGCGCAAGGCUUAAUAGCCCCAGGGACAGGGAGAGGUCGAACCUGUUUGAGAAUAGACAGUUCAGCUACAAAGAGCUGAAGCUCAUCACAGCUAACUUCAAGGAAGAAGUAGGGCGAGGAGGAUUUGGUGCUGUGUUUCUAGGCUAUUUGGAGAAUGGAAGCCCAGUUGCUGUGAAGAUCCGUUCAAAAACAUCAUCUCAAGGGGACAGGGAGUUUCUAUCUGAGGCCCAACACUUAAGUCGAGUUCACCACAGGAACCUGGUUUCCUUGAUUGGUUAUUGCAAGGACAAGAAACAACUGGCCCUUGUCUAUGAAUAUAUGCAUGGUGGAGACCUAGAGGAUCGUCUAAGAGGAGAGGUCUCUAUUGCUACGCCCCUCAGUUGGCACCGGCGUCUCAAGAUUGCUCUCGACUCUGCCCAUGGAUUGGAGUAUCUACAUAAGUCCUGCCAACCGCCACUGAUCCAUAGGGAUGUGAAAACAAAGAACAUCCUGCUAUCUGCUGACCUAGAUGCAAAGAUAUCUGACUUUGGCCUGACCAAGGUGUUCGCAGAUGAGUUCAUGACCCAUAUUACUACCCAACCAGCAGGCACCCUGGGGUAUCUUGACCCUGAAUACUAUAAUACAUCCCGGCUCAGUGAGAAGAGUGACGUGUAUAGUUUUGGAGUUGUACUACUGGAGCUUAUAACCGGUCAGUCGCCGGCGGUCGCCAUUACUGACACUGAGAGUAUCCAUAUAGCACAGUGGGUGCGCCAAAAGCUCUCCGAGGGUAACAUCGAGAGCAUUGCAGACUCAAAGAUGGGGAGGGAGUAUGAUGUCAACUCAGUCUGGAAGGUUACAGAGCUGGCACUGCACUGCAAAGAACAACCAUCACGGGAACGACCAACGAUGACAGAUGUUGUGGCUGAGCUCAAGGAAUGCUUGGAGCUGGAGGUGUCUCGUCGAAUGGGCAAUUACAACUCAGUCACUAGCGGCACAAGUAAUCUCAGUGCAACAAGCGCUGACUCGCACAACGAUUCUCAAGCAAAUGAUCUGAAACAGCAAAGUGUGCUUGAGUUGGGGCAGGUUGGCGAUACAUCGUCGACUCACAUAGGUCCGGCACCAAGAUGAGACCAACAGUCUAAUUUUGUAUGGUUUUAGAGUCUCGGGUUUGUAUAUAAGUUUGGUAUGCAUCAGAAACUUUAGUCCUGUAUUUGUAGCAAGUAACUGAUGAGGAACUAAAGUUGGAUCUAUGUGGACUAUAUAAUUAGGAUGUGAGCUUGGUGUGAGAACUGAAUGGAAGGUAUUUCAAAUGGGGCUGCACAUAUGGUAAUUCCAUCAAUAGUUUCUCAAACUAAAGCAAGAAAAAAAUAUCAAGAAUACACAACCUGGUUCAGGUUGCCAUACUUUUCCUCUUUUUCUUUUUGAGCUGGGGAGAAGCCUGCGGCAUUUAAUUAUGAAGAUGUUAGACACUUACUACACUCACGAGUGGUUAAUUCCACCUAAAGCAUCCGGAAGCUCGGUCGGCACGGAAAUACCACUGGGCCAAGAUGC